UUAAAUUGCACAUAUGAAUAUUGAACUGUUUCAAAAAUGGAGUUUUCAUUUCUAAAAAUAUUUCUUCCUCUUUGUCUCCAUGUAAUUAGUUCUCAUUCAACAUUGUUAGCUAAUGAGAUAAGUCCAGUUGUUGUUAUGACGUGGAAUUUUCAUAAACCAGCUGCAAAAGCAUGGGAGACAUUAUUUGUUGAAAAAAGAAGUGCUUUAGAUGCCAUUGAAGAAAGCUGUAAUUUGUGUGAGAAUAAUGGUACCGAAUGUUAUUGGCUAGUAGGUAUGGGAGGUUGUCCUGAUGAAAAUGGAAAAACUACACUAGAUGCACUUAUUAUGGAUGGGGUAACUAUGAACGUUGGAGCUGUUGGUGCCGUUAAAGAUAUAAAGAAUCCAAUAUCAGUUGCACGUAAAGUUAUGGAAAAUACAGAUCAUACUCUACUCGUUGGUGAAAGUGUCACUCAAUUUGCUCUUCAAAUGGGAUUUGAAACUCAAGAAUUGUCAACAAAAAAUUCAACACGACAAUGGAAGACAUGGAAGGAAAAUAAUUGUCAGCCUAAUUUUUGGAGGAAUGUUGUGCCGAAUCCAUCAACAUCUUGUGGUCCUUAUAGACUGGAUGAUAAAAAGGAUAUGAAACAAGAGACUAGUAAUAAACCUCUUGAUAGUGAAACGAACCAUGAUACAAUGGGUGUACUUGCGUUGGAUGUUCAUGGACAUAUAGCUGCCGGAGUAUCAACUAAUGGUUUAAAAUAUAAAAUUCCUGGUCGUCUUGGAGAUUCUCCGGUUCCUGGUGCUGGUACUUAUGCAGAUACGAAUUUCGGUGCCGCCGCUUGUACUGGCGUUGGUGAUAUUUCACUACGAUUUUUACCCAGUUUUGUUGCUGUUGAAGAAAUGAAACGAGGAGCAACGCCUCAAGAAGCAGCUCAGACUGCCCUCGAUAGAAUGACGAAAUUCUAUCCAAAACAUUCAAAUGCUCUUAUUACUAUGGACAAAGUCGGUAAUUAUGCAGUUGCUUGUCACGGAUUUCGUUUAUAUAACUACAGAUUUCCUUAUUAUGUCGCUAAUGAAAAAUUAGGGAAAGCAACAUUAAUGUAUAAAGCGUGCUUCAAUACUUCCAUCUAUUUUCUUGAUCAUCAAGGCAAAUUUGUAUACAAUUAAAUUGAUAUUAACAAAUACUACUCGCGCUAGCGCGAUACGCUUUGUUCCUUAUAUUGUAAAAAAAAACAAAAUUAAAGGAGAAUAUAAGCAUAUAUACAAACUUAA